AUGUCAAACUUGUCGAGGGUGUUGGAGAGGCAACAGAAACAAAGGGAAGAAAUCCGGCGCAGACGUGCUCAAGAAGAUCGGGACGCCGAUGAAGAAGAGGAACAAAUGCUUGCAGCAGUGGUGUGUAUGAUGGAUCAAUCAAGGCAACACCGUCGUCGUCGUGCCCCGAAUGUGGACAGACGUAGGGAGUCUCGGGGUAAGAAUCUCAUGGAUGAUUAUUUUAUCCCAAAUUCGUUAUAUCCUGCUUCUAAGUUUCGAGAAAGAUAUAGAAUGCAGCCACAUUUGUUCCAAAAAAUCAUGCAUGAUAUUUGUAAUUACGACACAUACUUCAUUCAAAAGCAUGAUGCUGUUGGAGCUUUGGGUCUUAUCCCGGAGCAAAAACUUACAGCUGCUUUGCGGAUGCUUGCUUAUGAGGCAUCUGCAGAGCAGGUGGAUGAGAUUCCAAGGAUGGGAAAAUCUACUAUCCUAGAGUGCUUGGUGAGAUUCUAUGAUGCAGUGGAAAAUUUGUACACGAGGGAGUACCUUCGCAAACCCACGCCAAGAGACCUGCAACGGCUUCUACAAAAAGGCGAGGCUCGAGGUUUCCCAGGAAUGAUAAGAAGCAUCAAUUGCAUGCACUGGCAGUGGAAGAACUGUCCUACUGCUUGGCAAGGAGAGUACGGGAAUCGGAAGGGCCAAAAAAGUAUAAUUUUGGAGGCCGUAGCUUCAUUCGACUGUUGGGUUUGGCAUGCCUUCUUCGGGGUUGCCGGAUCUCAGAAUGACCUCAAUGUCCUUAGUCAAUCCCCGGUGUUCGACGAGGUAUUGCGAGGUCAUUCCCCCCAGGUCACGUACCAAAUCAACAAUACCGUUUACUCUGGUGCGUACUACCUUGCCGACGGAAUUUAUCCUAGGAAAGACGUGGAGAGGUGUUUCGGUAUCUUGCAAGCUCGUUGGGCAAUUAUUAGAGGUGCUGCUCGGAUACUAGAUGAGGAGGUGCUGCGGAGUAUUAUGAUGAGUUGCAUCAUCCUCCACAACAUGAUUGUGGAGGAUGAGUAUGACUAUAAUGCUCCAGAGGUGUUUGAACCCGAUCCAAUGAACACAUCGUUGACAAGAAUAUAUGAAAGGCCGAUUGGACCAAAUGGACUACCACUGGAGCCCGAACCGUUACUUCGGGAUGGUCAAUUCAACAACCCCAUGAUUGAUCGGUAUCAAGAAAUGCAAUCUUCAUAUGUUCACGAGAUACGUCAAGGUGACUUGGUUGAGCACUUGUGGGAGAUGAAAGGCAAUCACAAUGGAUAA